AUGACUAACAUUCUCUUUCAGCCUCGAAGGAAGACUCCUCUUCGCGAGGGCCGUCUCCAACAGGCUACCCUAGACCUCCUGUCAGGCAGUGACAUCCAAUUCCGCCGCGAAACCCGCCUCGACAUCGCACUGGUCAAGAACCUCCCAAUUGCACUCAUCUUCCUCCCCGCCGCAGACAUCCCGACCUUCGUCGGCGAGGGCCGCGUAGACCUCGGUAUCACCGGCCGCGACCAGGUCGCCGAACACGAUGCGCAGCUGGCCGAGGGCGAGGUCUCGGGCGUCGAGGAGAUCAUGGAUCUCGGGUUCGGCGGGUGCAAGCUGCAGGUGCAGGUUCCGCAGAAGGGCGACGUCACGGAGGCGAAGCAGUUGAUCGGCAAGAAUGUUGUGACUAGCUUCACGGCGCUGACGCAGGCCUUCUUCUCUCGGCUGGAGGGCGUGGAGUUUGGGCAGAAGCUCAGCACUAAGAUCAAGUAUGUCGGUGGUAGUGUCGAGGCUGCUUGUGCUCUGGGUGUGGCCGAUGGUAUUGUCGAUCUUGUUGAAUCCGGCGAGACCAUGAAGGCUGCUGGUCUCAAGGCCAUUGAUACUGUCGUCGAAAGCACGGCCGUGCUGGUCAAGUCUCGGUCAACCCAGAACUCCCUUGUUGAUUUGAUCACCUCUCGUAUCAGUGGUGUUAUCACCGCUCAGAGAUACGUCCUGUGCCAGUACAACAUUCCCCGCUCCGGGCUAUCGGUUGCCUCGCAGAUUACCCCCGGCAAGCGGGCGCCCACAAUCACCGCUCUGGAGGAGGAAGGCUGGGUGGCCGUCAGCUCCAUGGUGGAGAAGAAGAAGAUUGCGACGGUCAUGGACGAGCUGCUCAAAGUCGGCGCAUCGGACAUUCUGGUCCUCAACAUUGCCAACUCGAGAACGGGUUAG